AUGCUGCCGAUUGCCCACGGUCUCCUAGAUGAAGGCCAUUCGGUAAGCUUCCUGGCCCACGACGAAACGGUCAAAAAGAUCAAGAUGUUGGUGCCGCAGGCCACUUUGGUGGACAUCGGCUCCUCCGGGUUUGACCGGGAGAAGGGAGCGCCAGUGCAGGAGGCCCUGCAGACUGUGUCGUACGGGGUGGCGCAAUUCCUCUCGUCCCUCACCAUGCCGCUGUUGGGCAGCCUGCUCGGAGGCUCCAUGGCGCUGACGCUGAAGCCACACCUGAUGGAGAUGAGGCCUGACGUGCUCUGCGUGUCCUUCAUUUAUCCUGCCCACUACGCCUUGGGGGAGGCAUUGGGCAUACCGGUCGUGGGCAUCGGUUGGGGCACACCGAGCUGGCUAACUUCCCAGAUCGACCUGCCCUGGGCCACCGAACCCAACGUGGGGUCCAUCCGCUCGCGCCAGGAGCUCUAUGAUAGCCCUCUGCUGUUGCUGGAGAACACCAUGGUACGCAUCUUCGGUUUUUUUGCCUUGCGCAUCGCCAGCGUCCUCAACAUGUACUUGCGCUACCGCCUCGGGCAUCCUCGGCCCUUGGAGGUGUGGGAGUUUGACACCGUCCUACAGCACCCAGCCAUCAUCAGCACCCUUCCAGAACUGACCACAGGCAUGCCGACUGCCUGGAGCCCAUACACGUUCACUGUCGGCAUCCUGGACCACCCUGCGCUCGCGGGGAGUGGCAUGAUGAAGAGUGAUGACCAGGAAAGGGUCAUGGCCUGGCUCGAUGAGCAGCAAAAGGCCUCAAGAGAGGUUCUCUAUGUGGCGUUUGGCUCCGAGGCAGAUCGACAUCUUGGCAUUGCACUUUGUGCAUUGUCUCUGUUUUGUGUUAUGCUUCUUUUGGUUCGUCAUCUUUGGUGUGCCUCCGUCGAAGUGUUCCCCUCCCACAAGGUCCGCGUGUCAAAGACGCACGCGGUGCUGCUGGCGGAGACAUUUAAAGCAGGCGGCUUCACUGUUCUCUGGGCUUCCAAAGUGAAGCCAGAUGUGGCCCUCCCGGACAGCGUACUGGUGACGAGAUUUGCACCUCAGCGUGCAGUCCUUGCCCAUCCGGCUGUCUUCGGCUUUUUGUCACACGGUGGCAUGAACAGUGUGAACGAAGCCCUAGCCUUCGGCAAGCCCUUGGCCAUCAUGCCCUUCUUCGGGGAUCAGAUGAUGGUUGCUGUGGUGCACAGAGAGCUUGGGGUUGCCGUCGUCUUGGACAAGCUUUCCGCCACUCCAGAGGAUUUUGUUGCAGCCAUCCGCAAGAUUGCGACGGAGCCCUUCCGCCGACGAUCGUGGGAAAUUAAAGAGCUGAACGAUCAGCGCCGUGACAUGUCUAGGGCAGUGCAGGUCAUCGUCAACCAGGCGACAGGAAAGUUCCACUUGCAUAUACCGCCGUGCCCCAGCCUGUGGAUCCGGUUGAUGCCACUUUUCAUCGGACUGAUCUUUUGGGCGGUGUACUGCGACCUGUGCUGCUGUAUCAGAGUGCAUGUACACAAACCAUGGUGGUGCUGCUGCUGUCGGGGGAGGGCUUUGCCCCCCAAACCGGCUGGAAGCAAGAAGAAUCAGUAG